AUGCUGAGAACAACGCCACGUAGCAACUUUAUAAACUUUACUGAUCCAGAACACACUGAAAUAGACAAUGUUUCAACAAAUUCUAAACCACAAUCUAUUCCUAGUUCGUCUGAAAAUCAAACUGUUGUUCAUAUGCACCUGGUACCCUUGAAUGAUUCUACUACUUUUGCAACAAAACAAUUGAGAUUCACAUCUGCACAAGAAAUAAAAAUUGGUAGAGUUAGUGGUAGUAGAAAUCAAAGAGAAUCAAGGACAGAUAAUGGUGUGUUUACUUGUGAAGUGAUGUCAAGAGAACAUGCGGUGUUAAAAGAAGAUGGUGGACAGAUUAUGUUAAAGGAUUUAAAAAGCACUCAUGGAACUUAUAUUAAUGGCAUAAAAUUGGGAGAUGGAUCGGAAGAUAGCGACUGGAAAGUAUUGAAGCAGAAUGAUGUAAUUACAUUUGGUCAUAAUGUCAGACGUAAUCAAAAUUUAUAUCAACAUUUAUCUGCACGUGUUUUCUUUCCAAAAAAAAUGACAAAUAUCAAUGAUUUCAACAACGAGCCAAUUUCGAGCGGUAUAAAAGUCGCAGGCAUUUCUUCUGAUAAUGUCGAAGAUCUUGGAGAGCCAUCUAAACAGAGAGCUAAGAAGGAUAAUACUACUAAAUAUCGUGCAAUUGCAGAAUCCACUUCUAUAACAAAACAUAAUCAGGAAAAACAAGGUACCGUUGAUGUAGGAGAAAGUUCCACAUCGUCCUUGAUUGAUCCUCAAAUUAAAAAAAGUGCCGACAAAAAGGAUUAUUGUGAAAAAAUGAUUGUUUCUAAUGUCGAAGUUCGAGAAAGGAUUGAAAAAGUAAUGGAACCCUCUCCAACUGAAGAAAGUGAUUUAACAAAAUAUCUUUUUGAAAGUCCAGAUAAACCCGUUACACCAGCAUUCACCCCAGAUCAUUAUUCUGUCUCCCCUGUAACUAAAACAUCGACCAAAAACGAAAGCACAGCCAAUAUAAACAAAUCCCCGCUUGACAUUUUUGCACAAGAACGUAUAUCUUCACAAAUUGAGCAAGACUCCAAUCAAAUGUAUAUUUCACUUGGUGAAACUAUUGAUUCCGAAUACAAAAAUAUUAAUGAAAAUCCUGAUAUUAAUGGCGAAGUACUUCGAAAUAGAUUAAAAGAAUCAGAAGCAAAAGAAGCAGAUGGCGCUGCUGAAUCUAAACGUAGAAGGCUUGAUGCGUUUGUUUCAGCAACAGUUGGAUUUGUGAUCGGGGCAGCUGGUGUUUUAAUUGGAAAUUACAUGCAUAAUGUUUAA